ACCACUAUAAGGCAUGAGAAAGUUUCCUUUCCCUCAGUUGUUUCUUUUUUCUGAUUAAGCAGCUGUGCUUUAACCACAAGUCCUUAUAAAACCCUCAACGGCAGAAUCUCCUUACACAGAUAACAGAAGAUAAACAUAAAACAGGGUUGACAGAGGAUGUCCAGAGCUGACUGGGGUUUUCUGGAGCACCUGCUAGAGGAAGGUCAGGAGUACUCGACUGGCGUGGGGCGCGUGUGGCUAACCGUGCUCUUCCUCUUACGCAUGCUUGUGCUUGGCACGGCGGUGGAAUCUGCAUGGGACGACGAACAGUCUGACUUUGUCUGCAACACCAAACAACCUGGCUGUGAGUCCGUCUGUUAUGACAAGGCCUUUCCCAUCUCCCACUUCCGUUUCUUCGUUUUUCUUGUUAUCUUCGUGUCAUCUUCGUCUAUUUUCUAACCAUUUUAUGUUUCCCUGAGGGCUAGAAAUGAUAAGAGGUCAGAAGGUAAGCCAGAGGAGGAGGCCAGAACACAGAGACAUAGAAAAACCAACGAGUUUAAGCUGGAGGUAAUAAAGGAGGAAGAUGAAGUGAGAGCGAGGGAGAAGGAAAUGGAGAAGAACCACAAAGCUCCAGUACCUUCAAAGCUCAAAGGGAAACUGCUGUGUGCUUAUGCGACUAGCAUAGUGCUAAAGGUUCUCAUUGAGAUUGGCUUCAUUGUGGGUCUAUGGAUCCUUUAUGGGUUUGUAAUCAAGGCCAAGUACGAGUGUGAGAGGUUUCCCUGUCCUCACAAGGUGGAUUGUUUUGUCUCACGACCCACAGAAAAAACGAUCUUCACCAUAUACACACAGGUCAUUGCCGCAGUCUCUGUUCUCCUUAACGUUGUGGAGCUUCUCCAUUUGCUUCAGCUAGCAGUAACACAUCGACUAGAGAAGAGAUAUCAAUGCGAGGAGGAGAUUAAUAAACUUAUUAGAGCGACUUCUUCUAGAACAGCACCAGCUAAAGCUCAAAUACCAUCAUUUGAGGAAAGAAACCAUCAAUUUCUUCCUGUAGCACAUGAUGGCUUCCCUGCAUCAGGGUUGGACUGGGAUAAAAGAGAUCCUCCUUUAGCGGAGGACAUGCUUCCUAGCUACUCAAACUGCAUGAGCAAUGUGAAACCUGCCAUGACCAAAAACAAUCUUCAGAAAAAACACCACAAGACCAAAGACAAACCAAGACAUUAUGUGUGAGGACCACUAAAUGAGAACCAAGGGCUCCAUUUUGGGGAACUACAUGCAUAAAUGACUGUUAGUGGUUUACUGUACACUCAAGAGCCAUUUCCUUUGUUUAGAUAGACAGGGAAAUGGGCUGUGCCUUGGGAUGAACUGUCUUUUGUGAUCUGUGGCCAGAUAUGGGAGCCUCUCAAGUAGUGAUUCGUUUUGAGAAGCGGUCAGGAAGGUCAGGAAAUAGGCUACUUAAACCACUGAGCCUAAGAGAAACAAGCACAAUGUCUAAAAACUUAAUGAUUGUUAUGGUACAGAUAAGGUAGUUCAUAAUGUACAGUAUUUGAGACCAAAAUCAAAGUUAAACUAUACCAACCAAAUGUAUAUACAAUAUUUAAAAUGUAUUUAUGAAGUUUGAUUUUAAUAUUUAUUUAAUUUUUGUUGAAAGAUUUCUGGUAUUUCUUGCAUUUUUGGACUUCUGACAUGAUUAGGUCUUUGUUAGACAGGUCGAUAUAUACAGUAUUCUGCAUUCAUGCCAUGUCGUUAUUACCACUCAAACUAAAAACAGUUACACCGCUCUUACAUUAAAAAUAAGGUGGACAGACAAAACCGCAAUACAACAAGUAAUUCAAAAGCCUUAAACUUUGUUGGUUUUUUGUUUAUUUUCAUAUUAUCCUUAAUUAUUAAGAUUAUAAGCCAAUUAUAAUAAUUAUUAAAGAGGAGUAUGACAAAAUAACUGUAUUUUAGCUGCCAUUUUAAGUGUUUGUAUGAUGUUGCAGCGUUUAGAUGGCACAAGUCGGCACUCUUAGAAAAUCUUUGCAAGUUGUAAUUGCAAGUACUACAAGGACACGUUUAUUGGAAAAACUUGCAUCUACAUUUUCGCAAAACUCCAAAUACAUAACUGUGUGUGUACGUACAAUAACCAACGUAACCUAAGAAUAAAAUGUUGAAGCUAAAUAUGAUAAAGCUAAAUAUGGUUUUAGCAACAAUCCCAGGACAUAUCACAUUCAAUAUAUUAUUUCGCAGAAAUUUCGACACAAGCAUGUUUACAUUUUCCCAGUGAGACUGGGUUAUAUAAAACUGCAUUAUACACACUGUGCAACUACUAAAGCGAUAUACAAUGUGAGAAGUUGUUCUCUAUUAAACACUUAAAACACACUAAUAUGCUAAAUAUUUAUAUGGAAAAAUAGGAACAACAAUUAAUUGCCUCACACUGGUGUUAUUUGUUGGUUGUUUUAAAAUAUUUCAACAUUUUUCAGAGUAGAUAGCCUUCUGAUAUCAUCAAGGCAUGUACUUUCCUGUCUGGCCAUAAAUACAGCACAUUCCACAGCAGCCAAUUUUAGCAAAUUUGAG